AUGAUGGAUACAUUUAUCUCCGUGUUGACAAACAUGUGUAUACGAUUUUAGAAGAUAAUUUUUAAUUGUUACAUUAUCACGAAUUACUUUCUUAAUGCAGAUCAAAUAACACAUAAACAUGGGUGCAUUAUUUGGAAAGUCAAAGAAGAAAGAGGAAUCUAGGAUAACGGAACAGGACAAGGCUGUUUUGCAACUGAAGCAGCAGCGAGACAAGCUGAAGCAGUACCAGAAAAAGAUCACUGUUCAGCUGGAAAAGGAACGACUGUUGGCAAAAUCGCUGCUGAGCAGUGGCAAGAGAGAAAAGGCGCUGCUACUGCUGAAGAAGAAACGAUACCAGGAGAACCUGAUGUCGAAGACGGACUCACAGAUCGACAACAUCGAGCGAAUGGUUCAAGAUUUGGAGUUCGCACAGAUAGAAGUGCAGGUAGUGGAAGGGCUGAAAACUGGCAAUGACGCAUUAAAGACGUUACAUCGGUUGAUGUCGCUAGAAGACGUUGAGAAGAUCAUGGACGAAGCACAGGAAGGCAUUGAAUACCAGAGGGAGAUCGAUGAGUUGCUGUCCGGUUCUCUCACGGCAGAGGACAACGACGCCGUCCUCGCCGAACUAGACCAGAUCAUACAGGAGAGCUUGCCUGAGGCGGAGGAGCGUGAGGCGGAUGAAGUGCCCCAGCUACCCGGGGUUCCAACGCAAGAGCCCGAACGGAAGAAGAUCAAGGAACACAGGAAGCAGCCCGAGCUGGUGGCAGCGUCGUGAGGCAGCUAUGUGGGGAGGAGCAGGAGGAGAAGGAGGGACUCGUCACUCCUGUAAUACAGUUAUCAGGAGGGGGGCUGGAUAUGCACCACGUAGCGUCAUACAGGGAAGAGCGUGGAUGCAGACCGAGCGUGGGUUUACGCAGGGAUGGUAUGCGUGCAUGCCUAAUGACCACCAGUGCACAUAGGUAUCAGUCUGUGCACCUCUGAUGCUUGACAAACAUGCUCUGCGGCUUUACGUGCAGUUGUAGCUGACUUUCAUGUUGCUUUGUAGUGGUUAUACCCAAGGUGACCAACAAAACGUAUGGAUAGAUUGGAUAGAUUGGAUGAGUACUUAGCAACAGCAUAAAUAGUUAUAUCAUAAGUCUAAAAUGUCAACACUUUUCCACGACAUUUCUCUCAUAACGUUGAGAGAUUUUAGACUCUAUGAUAGUCGUAUGAUGGUCCCUGGUCAGCAGUGGCUGUUGUAAGCAGUCGGUAAGUUUUGUGCAUAACUUUCAUAGCGACUCACUAAAGAUGGCGACGUCGCGAAACGCUCAUUGUGUUGGUAUUUCACGCGUCACGAAUAUUGCUCUGCGAAUUAACAGUUGGCAGGAGUGCUAUCGGGCAACUCUUUGCCGUGUUUUUGUGUGCGUGCGCGUGCGCGUGUGCGUGCAGUGCAUGUGUGCGUGCGGUGCAUGUGUGUGUGCGUGCGUGCGUGCGUAUCCCAUGUAUAUAUGUCCUCUGUAGGGGGGUUAGCGGUUUUUACAAACGCCACCACCACAUCUAUACGCACGCUUGAACACGUUAAUUGUUAUAUGAAUGAUGUUGAUUGUUAAAAAAUCUGCAAUUUGCCUAAAGACAGAUGGGUUUGUAGGUUGGUGUGUGGUGCGAUUGUCUUUGGUAGAAUAUAUCAAAUUUAGAUGUCGCAGGAGUGAUGUUCUUGUGUGUGCGUGUGUGCGUGUGCGUGCGUGCGUGUGCGCGGGUGUGUGUGUGCGUGUGCGUGUGUGCGUGUAUGUGUGUGCGCGCGUGCGUGCGUGCGUGCGUGUUGGGAUUCGUAAGGUUCGUUGGGAAUCGUUCGCGCUCGGUGCUAUUCAUGUGAUUACUGUAAAACUUAAUUUCGUAUUUAUUGCGAGUGCGCUGCGACUGCCGCUGUGGCAGUGGGCGUGUUAUGCUGUACGUGAUCAUCAUUAAACCAUCAUUAAACUAUUAUAUAUAUUCUUUA